AUGUGUUCGAAAUGGGACAACGAUGAGGUUAUCCAGAGAUUCAGGGAAUAUGUAAAAAUUCCAAGCGUUCAUCCUGACAUUGAUUAUGACGACUGUGUGAAAUUCCUGAAGAAACAAGCGAAUGAAUUCGAUUUGCCCGUCAUUGUGUAUGAGUUGGUACCAAAAAAGCCGGUGGUAGUUAUAACAUGGGAGGGGGUGCAACCAGAAUUACCUUCCAUACUUAUGAACUCGCACAUGGAUGUUGUUCCUGUUUAUGAAGAACAUUGGACCUACCCCCCAUUCGAAGCUGUUGUGACUGAAGAUGGGUAUAUCUACGGAAGGGGUACCCUGGACAUGAAGGGUAUAGGCAUGAUGCAUCUAGAAGCUGUCAGGAGACUUAAAACUGCUGGAGUCAGGCUGAAGAGAACUGUUCAUGUGUCCUUUGUGCCUGAUGAGGAAACUGGUAGCGUAGACGGGAUGCGGGUCUUCUCAGAAUCUCCAGAGUUUAAGAAACUCAACAUUGGUUUCGCAUUAGAUGAGAGCGCUCCCAGCUUGAGUUCAACAGAAAUUUUGGCGUUUUAUGGAGAAAGGACUUCAAGACAGAUCGUAGUGAAGUGUCGCGGUGACCCCGGACAUGGAUCUCUGCUCAGCUCCGACACUGCUGGUGAAAAGAUGCAUUACAUCAUAAACAAGUUCAUGACGCUUCGUGCUGAGGAGAAGAGCAAGGUGGACAGCGGCACUUGGGUCGGAGACAUUACCACAAUCAACUUGACACAACUAUCAGGCGGUGUCCAGAUAAAUGUACUCCCUGAAAACUUAACAGUGUCAUUCGAUAUCAGAAUAGCUCCUGACGUUGAUCAUGAUGAAUUUGAUGAUAUGAUAUCAAGAUGGUGCAAAGAAGCCGGUGAGGGGGUAACUUUCGAAUACGUGGUCAAAAACCCACAAGUUAAAAAUACAAAAAUAGACGGCAGCGUCCCUUUCUGGGAUGUUAUGAAAAAAGUGGUGGCGGACAUGGGAUAUACGAUAAAGUGCGUGAUAUGCCCGGGUGCAACAGACGCGCGUCACGUGCGUCGUCAGGGUAUUCCAGCCAUCAACUUCUCCCCAAUUUUGGAGACUCCCAUGCUACUACAUGCCCACAACGAAAGAAUACAUGUAAAUAUGUACAAAAAAGGAAUCGUCAUUUUCGAGAAUGUUCUCGUAGCUAUUGCUAACGUCCCAUGA